UUAAAAAAAGAAAUAUAAUUUGGCCUUAGAAGAGGUCACAGUUUUUCAUUGAACUUGAAAUUCUGUUCUCCAACCUGGCCAUCCACCUUCUCAGCUAAACUUGACUCCAGAUAACACUUGGCUGGUUUCAGAAAUCAAAUCUGCAUCUUAAUAAUAGAUUGUCUCCAGAUGGGGUAGCAGGUGAGGUGAAAUGCCUGGUCCACGGCUCCAGCACUAAUACCAGCCAGAACCAGGAUCGCAAACCAGUUCCAUCCGGCUCCCAAACCUUGCUGACCCACCAUCUGUGACGAGGCACGUGGUUGUGUUUCCAGGCGAAGUCCACUUUGUCAAGUUUUGAACCAAGGUUGCUAAGAGACCACCUGUGCUGAAUGCACUUUGUUCUAGCAAGAGCAGCUGGAGAGAAAACCCAGGAGCAGCAUUAUCUACCACCACCCGGGAUUAAGUCAGGGAGCAGGAGCAUUUUGGAUAUGACGUGUAAAAACUGGAUAUUAAUUUCUACUACUAACCCCACAAGUCUGGAAGAUGAAAUUGUGGGAAGACUUCUAAAAAUUUUGUUUGUAAUCUUUGUUGACUUCCUGUCUAUUAUAUAUGUUGUUAUAACUUCUUAGCUGACUUCCCUUACUUUACAUGUGAAUUUCAUAUUGAAUUACAGUGAAUAAAAUUUUGUAAUUUAGUA